AUGGGAUCAAAUCCGUUGUUUUUUGAGUGGUCYAGAAAUGGACAGACACUUAAAYCSGAACCGAAUGUCAACUAUAAGAUCGAUAAUUUCAAAAUGCACUCAACAUUUACUAUUGAGUCGAUAUCCAUGAGUGAUAUCGGGAACUAUAGUUGUGUUGUUAGYAAUGCUUUCGGAUCCGACUCSCACGAUCCAUUGCAAGCUCCAAAGUUGUUGCAAUUUCAUGGACGGGAACAAAGUGUUGGCACAAAUUUACAGAUAUUUUGUUCAGUUAUUAAAGGAUCGGUUCCACUGUUCUUUGAGUGGCAAAUGAAUGGACAGACAAUUAGGUCCAGUCCUGAUGUUAACUAUAAGAUUGAAAAUUCAAAAAUGCAUUCAACACUCACUGUUGAUAGUAUAGUCACUACCGAUGCCGGCAAUUAUACCUGUCUUGUGUCAUACACUAUGGGAAGGGAUAGUCAAACACUAAUACUGUCAAUUAAAGCUCCAAAGUUAGUGCCAUUUUAUGGAMGGGAACAAAGUAUUGGCACAUAUUUUCAUAUAGUUUGCACAGUUAUUGAAGGAUCGGUUCCACUGUUCUUUGAUUGGCAAUUGAAUGGACAGACAAUUAAGUCCAGUCCUGAUGUCAACUAUAAGAUUGAAAAUUCAAAAAUGCAUUCAACACUCACUGUUGAUAGUAUACAAACUACCGAUUCAGGCAAUUAUACCUGUCGUGURUCUAAYKCUAUGGGAAGUGAUAGUCAAAUACUAAUACUAUCGAUUAAAGAACAAAGCCGAGGCACAUAUUUUCAUAUAGUCUGUACAGUUAUUGAAGGAUCGUUCCAUUUCUUUGAGUGGAUAAUCAAUGGACAGACAGCUAAAUCUAGUCCUGAUGUCAACUAUAAGAUUGAUAAUUAUGAUAUAUUUUCGACAUUUGUUAUAAAAAACAUUACUCGCAAUGAUUUCGGUCUCAAAUUAGCGCCAUUGUCACCAAUUAAUCAGAAACAGGGAUCAUACUUUCAAAUAACAUGUUCAGUACAGGAGGGCACACCUCCUUAUUUCUUUGAGUGGGCUAUUAAUAGCCAAACAGUCAAACCUGAACCCAAUGUUAACUAUAAGAUUGAAAAUUAUGAGAUGUUUUCAAUAUUUGUGAUUAAAAGCAUUGUCGUAACCGAUGCGGCAAACUAUACGUGUUUUGUGAGGAAUUCACAUAACUUUGACAGUCAGACAACUGUCUUAACAAUUAAUGAAAUACCUAAAAUCGCACCAUUGCUACCAAAACUGGAAUUAUUGAGAGGUUCUUCCUAUCGAUUUAUUUGUCAAACAAUUGUUGGAUUUAAGCCUAUAUUUUAUAAAUGGGUUAAAAAUGGUCAACAUUUUGAUGAUAACUAUAGAGAUAUGAAAUAUAAAAUUGAAAUGUUUGACGACUUGUCGAUACUUACUGUAAAUAAUGUCGAUUACAAUGAUUUCGGCAAUUAUUCGUGUAUUGCAAGCAAUGCUUUCGGGUCUGACAUACAAACAACUGUUCUCUAUAUAAAAGCAAAAUGUGGCGCAAUGUUAUUAUUAAGAAAACAUUAG